AUGGGUUCUUUGGCAGUUGCUCCCUUUCUUCAUUCAAAGCCAAGACCCUCUCUCUUUGAUCAGAACAGCUCUCUCUUUCCUUCAAGGAAAAAACUCAAGAGGAAGAACCAAUCUAUCAGUCCUGUGGCAAGGUUAUUUGGGCCAUCUAUUUUCGAGGCAUCAAAGCUGAAGGUGCUGUUUUUAGGGGUUGAUGAGAAGAAGCAUCCAGGGAAUCUGCCAAGGACUUAUACACUAACACAUAGUGAUAUUACAGCUAAACUUACUUUAGCCAUCUCACAGACCAUAAACAAUUCUCAGUUGCAGGGAUGGUCCAACAAAUUGUACAGAGAUGAAGUGGUGGCAGAAUGGAAGAAAGUAAAGGGAACGAUGUCUCUUCAUGUUCAUUGCCAUAUAAGCGGAGGCCAUUUUCUUUUAGAUUGGUGUGGUCGACUCAGAUAUUUCAUCUUCCGUAAAGAACUUCCUGUGGUAUUAAAGGCCUUUUUUCAUGGAGAUGGGAAUUUGUUCAUCAACUAUCCUGAAUUAGCGGAGGCUUUAGUUUGGGUUUACUUUCAUUCAAACAUUCCAGAAUUCAACAAGGUAGAGUGCUGGGGUCCACUCAAGGAUGCUGCUGCACCUUCUACGACUGAAACUGGUGGGUCCCUGGAGAACAAGGAGCAACCAAACCAAUCAAGCAACUGGGACUUGCCUGAGCCGUGCCAAGAGGACUGUAGCUGUUGCUUUCCACCUAUGAGCUUGAUCCCAUGGUCCAAAAUGGUUCCCUUUGGGAACAAAAAUAAUCUAAGCACCCAACAGAGCUUUCAACAAGCUCAACAGCGCUAA